AUGCUUGGACUUUGCAUCGCGCUGGGUGCGACGUCAAUCCUGCAGACCUCGUCGGCCGCCGCCCUAGCCUUCUGCAUCGGCGAGGCGCUGUGGCCGGGCGGCGGCCUCCCCGCGGCGCUGGACGACGAGGGCUACCUGAGCGCGCUGCUGGAAAAGUCGGCCUCGCGCGACCCGCUGUGGGCGGAGCGCAAGCUGUGCGCCGCGGUGGAUGCCGUGCUUGCGAUCCCCGCGGUCGUUCGGCUGCUGCGGGGUGGGGCGGCGGAGCCCCUGCUCUCCGACGCCGCGCUGCAAGAGGCGGGGAGGGUGCUGCGCCGCGGCGCUCUGUACUGGCACGGCUUCGACGCCUCGGGCGGCCCGAUUAUGUGGGCGCACACCGGGCGGAUGGACUUGCGCGAUGCCGAGCCCUCUGCGUGGGGGCGCGCCGUCGCCACGCUGAUUGAAGUCGGGGUGGUCGGCACCCGCGCGCGUCGGGCAGGCGAGGGCUGCAGAGUCGGAUCCGGCGUGGGUGCUGCCGUUGGAGACAGCGACGGUCGCAGCGAGGCACCUCGCUGCGACCGGUUCGUGUACGUUGAGUGUGCGGACGGCUUCAGUCUCGGCCCAAAGGUGCCGCUCACGCGCGCGGUGGCCGUGGCGAGGCGAAGCCUGGCGGCUCUGUUCGGAGGCUCGCCGGAGCGGUUCGCCGGCGCCGUCGUGGCGCCUGCAUCGCGGACGAACCGCAUCCUCUUCUCGCUCGCGCGGCACUUUAUCCCCGCGUCGACCGCGAGGCGGAUCCACUUCUUUGGGCAGACGGAGCAGCUCCGCGCCUUUUUCCGCCGGAGGGAGCUCGGCCUCGACUCGGCCGUGCUGCCUGCGUGCCUGGGCGGCUCCGCCACGCACGCUGGAAUUGAGGCAGCGAGGGCGAAGGCGGGAUCAGCGGGAUAG